UCAUGUCUAAUAUAUAAUUUCAUCAGGUUAGUGGGUGGUGGAAAGGAUUACCCUUGGGAUAUAUACUCCCUGAAGGAGCUUCUCUACGCCACCAACAGUUUCCACAAUGAUAACAAGAUCGGAGAAGGUGGGUUUGGCAGCGUUUAUUGGGGCAGGACUAGUAAAGGCGUCGAGAUAGCAGUGAAGCGGCUGAAGGCGAUGACGGCGAAGGCAGAGAUGGAGUUCGCGGUGGAAGUGGAGAUACUGGGGAGGGUGAGGCACAAGAACCUGCUGGGCCUGAGAGGGUUUUACGCCGGCGGCGACGAGAGGCUGAUCGUGUACGACUACAUGCCUAAUCACAGCUUGAUCACCCACCUCCACGGCCCGCUCGCCGCCGAGUGCUUGCUCGAUUGGUCCACGAGAAUGAGCAUAGCCAUCGGCUCAGCUGAAGGCCUAGCGUACUUGCACCAUGAAGCGAGCCCACAUAUAAUCCACAGGGACAUAAAAGCUAGCAACGUCCUCCUCGACGUCAACUUCCAAGCCAAAGUCGCCGACUUCGGAUUCGCCAAGCUAAUCCCUGAUGGGGUAACCCACAUGACUACCCGAGUCAAAGGCACACUUGGUUACCUAGCUCCCGAGUAUGCCAUGUGGGGAAAAGUCUCGGACAGCUGUGACGUAUACAGCUUUGGCAUCCUCCUCCUUGAGCUCAUCAGUGCCAAACGACCUUUAGAAAAACUUCCCGGUGGGAUCAAGCGUGACAUCAUCCAGUGGGUCACCCCGUACAUCCAGAAAGGUGCCAUCGACCACAUAGCAGAUCCAAGACUGAAAGGCAAGUUCGACCGGUCGCAAUUGAAGUUGGCAGUUAUGGUUGCAAUCCGGUGCACCGAUGCCAACCCAGAGAACCGACCCAUUAUGACAGAGGUAGUUGAGUGGCUUAAAGGAAACUUGGCUGGGAGACGGCCGAAGCAGGUUUCCUACGUGGAAGAUGACAUGGACGAGGAUGAUGAAGACGAUGAGACAGAUGAUACGAAUGAUACUAUGGAGUCACAUAAGCUCAGGGUUGAACGAUCGUUCGAUCGAAGGAAUCGUGCUGCUAAUUCCAAAGCUAGAUAA